UGCCAUAUGCCUUCCUUGUAUAUGUAAAUAUUAUGAAACUCAAACUAUUGUUGUGAAACUUUUUACAUUUUGUAACAUAAUUUGUUGGAUAUUUGUCUUUAUUAAUGUUUAUGUGCACAAAUGUAAUAAGAACCGAUUGGUUUAUGUUGAUUUUCCACCCGCCGCUUGUUAUUUUUACUAGGUUUUUGUUAGAUACCCCAGCUGUGUAACUCGUUUUUAGAAAUGUUCUACAAUGUUUUUUUUUGUGUUAAUUUACUCAAAAUGUUACUAUUAUUCCAAUGUAUUUUCAGAAUAAUAAAAAUCAAUAUGGUGGACUACAGAAAAUGGGAUCAUAUUGAGGUAUCUGAUGACGAGGAUGAUACUCAUCCAAACAUAGAUACUCCAUCUCUCUUCAAAUGGAGACAUGAGGCUAGGGUUCAGAGGAUGGAGGAAAUGCAGAAGAAAAAGGAAACCGUUGAGGAGGAGAAGAAAAGAAUUGAGGCUAAACUGAGGGAGGUUAGGGAGAGAGUAGCGAGGGAGGAGGCGGAGGGAAGUGACAACCUGGACGAUUUAAGGAAAACUUUGGAGGAGGUUGAAAAAACAGCUGCUGCAGUAAAGGAGAAGGAGGUUGAGGUGCUGAAGGAGGUCAAGUCCCAGCCUCUUAACGUAGAUACACUCUCCAAGGAUGGAUUCAGUAAAUCAAUCAUCAAUACAGCGCCAUUGGUGAAGGAGGAGUUGAGUGAGGAGGAGAAGGAGAAGAAGAUGAAGAAGUUUGUCCAGGAGAACAAGAAAUUAAUCAAGGAGUACGGUAUGCUACAGAAGUUUGAUGAUAGCAAAAAGUUUUUGAUGGAUGGCAAUACGCAUCUAGCUUGUGAGGAGACUGCUAACUAUCUGGUUAUCUGGUGUCUGGAUUUAGAAAUGGAGGAGAAAUCCGAACUAAUGGCGCAUGUUGCACAUCAGUGUAUCUGUAUGCAAUACCUGUUGGAGCUGGCUAAACAGCUGGAAACGGAUCCUAGAGCCUGCAUUUCAUCUUUCUUCUCGAAAAUACAGAUUGCUGAUCAGGAAUACAAGAAUGCAUUUUACUCUGAACUGGAUGCCUUCAAGGUGAGGAUAAAGAAGAGGGCCCAGGAGAAGAUCGCCGAGGCCCUGGAGGAGGAAAGGUUGGAGAGGUUAGGACCUGGAGGACUAGAUCCAGCAGAGGUUUUUGAAUCAUUACCACAAUCAAUGAAGGACUGUUUUGAGAGUCAAGAUAUACCCUUACUACAGAAGGUAGGUGAAUUCCUUCCAGAAACGGACACUUUGUUUUAUCUGAUUAGGUGUGUGGACUCUGGAUUAUGGGUGCCUAGUAAAGAAGAUCCCACAACCUCGACUGAAGACGGAUUUGUCAAGAAGGAUGAGGAGAUAGAUGGGGAUGAUGAACCGGAAGAAGAGGAAGUGUAUUCUGAAGUUAAAUAAUCAGACGAGGCAUCUGAUUGAGAGCUGGAAAUUUCAACUUAUGUGAUGCAAAUAUUUAUUCUACAUUUCAUACUCAACACAGGGACUUCCCUACAAUCUCUUCACCAUUUUAAACAAUUAAAUAUUUUUUUUAAAUUUUUUUUUUUAAUUUACGCCAUUUUUACAUACAUUGAACGUUGUAUAUAUAAUACAAUCAUUUCUCUGCAGAAGCAUUCAAUUCAAACAAG